AUGCGAUUGCUAGCUGUCUUCAUACUCUGUUUCUUGGUCGAAGAUGUUUUGACCAAAGCCCCGUGUGCGCCUUCGUGGCUACACAUUGCCCAUCUCGAUUCAUGUUUUCUGUCGGCACCACAGCCAGCUGAGUAUGAUGAUGCUGACGCCUACUGUAAUGAGCUCGAUUCCAAUUUGGUGGUCAUCAAUUCAGAAGAGGAGGCCUCUAUUGUUCGGGAGUUCUUCGCCCGUGAAAAUCCGAGUUUCUUCAAUUGGAUCGGAAUGCGAUGGAACUCCGAAGCAAUGAAUUUCACGUGGAUUGACGGAAUCACCAGAAACUACUCGUAUUUUCUGCCAGGUUGAUUUUUCCUAUUUUCUCCCUUUUUUCAGCAUGUGCCUUUCAGACGAGCCGGGGUUAUCAGGCGAGUGUAUUGCGUGGGUUCUCGAUGAUAAACUCGACGGCUGGCAAGCAAUUAGUUGUCAUUACUCUCAGUUUUUUAUGUGCCAAAAACCUGCAGAAGGGUGGGUGACUCAUUAAAUUGUUCUUACUGUUCUAAAAUUCAAGAAUUAUUACAACUUGGCAUCUAGAUGACGAGGGAGAAAUUACCAGUCCGAAUUGGCCGAACAAUUAUGAGAACUUGGAAUACGAUACUCAUAUUAUCAAAUCAGAGCCGGGAACUCGGAUUUUGCUGUAUUUUGAGUUUGUUGACACCGAGCCCAAUUGUGACAUCAUCACAGUAACCGAUGAUUAUGGUAUUUCUGGAAGAACUUUGUUCAGGUGUUAAUUUUUUAGAAAGAACUGCCAAAAACUGCAAUUGUCAGGUUAUCUGGUUCCUAUUACAAUCACUCUGUGAUCAGCACUCAAAAUCAGGUGAUUGUGAACUUCAAAUCAGACGAGGACAACGUCGGAAAAGGAUUUUCAUUGAGUUAUCAAAUAUUGUAGGUCCAUCUUUUUAUGAGGAAAACUUGCAAUCUUUUUCCAGGAGACCUCUUCCCCUGAAAGUUUUCUCAAACUCUUACGGAACCAUCACAUCUAAUAACUAUCCGAAUUCUCCAGACUCCUUCCUUAUUCAGUACUAUUUGAUUCAGUGCAGCCCUGCUCAUCACGUAGUGCUCAACGUGAAAGCCGUGCAAUUGGAUAGGAAUGAUAAAGUCAAAAUUCUGAACGGAGUCGAUGAGAAGGCUGCAAAACUUAAGAUGUAAUUAUUUCCUCUCGGGUCAGAGCAUAGAUCCUGUUUUCAGCUUCCGCCAGUACUCGUCUCAUUCUGUUGAAACCAUCAAGACAACCCAAAACAAGAUGUUCAUCGCAUACGACACUGGAGAGCAGUUCGACGAAUCAAAUCACUGGGCGUUCGAGUAUAAUUGCACUCCAGAUGGAAAUUUGGGCGAGGAGAUUGAAAUUUGA